AUGAUAGACAAAGAGCAGCCAGUUAUUGAACGUCUGGAUGAUCUUCAGCUACAAGCCCAGGGGCAUGAAGCUGUUAUGCCCCGGCAAUUUACGCUAUGGUCACUGAUUGCUUUUGCUAUCGCUGUCUCAAGUGCCUGGUUAGCGGUUUCAAGUCUUCUAACAACUCACUUGACUUUUGCAGGACCUGUGGGAGCAACUUGGGUUCCUCUUGUGUCAGGUGUGGCUUCUAUGAUCAUUGCUGCAGGUUUGGCGGAACUAGCCUCCGCAUAUCCUUCAUCUAGUGGACAGUAUCAGUACGUGUCACGCCACGAUCCUUAUCAUAGCUAG